AUGUUGCUGCCUGUGUGUCCACUGUUGGUCCUGUACAGCGUCUUAGCUGGUCAUCUGGUGGAGGCGGAGAGAUGUUUCAAAUUACGUACAUGUCUCUUGAUCAAGAUUUCGAUUUGCAGCGAUUGGAAAAGAACCAUUAUCUUCAUCCACAGAAAUACUACGCCGUCGGAGUAUGUCUUCUUGAGAGGAGGUAUAGAUCACGCUCGCCGGCCAGACUGUGUCCGAAACAAUGACCCCUGUCACAUACCACUGCGUCACAUCUGGACGAGCCGCUGGGGGAGCAAGUACAGCGCCUGGAGCCAAGGGGACAACUACCUGGACUGGUACGGAGCCGAACAGGGCCAAGGCACCCUGCCAGGGGCGACGGCAGGGUCUCCGGGAACCCCGGCCCAGGGAACCCCUAUGAUUUGGACCACACACGAGCGAUAUUCACGGGGUCGUUGGUGCCCUCCUGAUGACUUUGGCUGUAGAUAUAUCUACCGGUACGACAAUUUGAUAGCCGAAAGGGAUGGUGUAGGGUACACACCGCGGAACAAAUGGGGCUACCAUUACUGGAUGUUGGACGCCAUGAUGGAUUGUUCGAGAACUGAGGGUGGUUGGUUUUAUUUAAAGGCCUAUCUUGCCCCAGAGAACCAGUGGGAACCCGAUAUCUGGCAGCAGGGGACAUGUCAGAGAUUUAGUCAGCCCCUUCCAAACUCACGGAACCACAUGGCCAGGUGCGGCAUGACUAACGUGUUCCAGUGGGGGCAAGCCUUUCCUUGUGAGAUCUUCCCUAACGACCCCCACCCUGCUCUACCGGAUAAUUAUUAGCUGCUGUUUCGGGUAGCAGAUACCAAUCCCAUUAAGAGAUAAUAUCUUUUGGACUAAUUAAGUGCAUGAUUUGAAAACAUUUCAUACACCGGUACUUGCAAAAGUAAUUAAAUGCUUGAUAAAUGGUGAUUAUAAUGUAUUUUUUAAUAAUUAUGUCUGUUUUUGUAUUAUGGUAAAGUCGCCUGACUGAAACAUUCUUUGGAAAGGUCUCCACACACCUACAAGUGUAGGCAAAUGAUGAUACUCUUAAUGAGGAGACAUAAAUGGAGUUAUUGACAAACGUCGUGGUCGCUACUUUCAAACAUGCGACCACAAAUAAACAGUUUGGUAUGCUUGCCUUAUCACAAACGCCAAGCCGCGUGUGUCGUGACUUUCUAAUCUGGAAACAAACAUAGUCUAACAUGGCCGACCUACAGUUUUGUACAAAAUAAAUGAAUACAUGAAUAAAACCAACUUUGCCCAAAGCAUUACCUUUAUAAGUAAUAAACUGCUGUAAUAGUA